CAGAGGAACUUGGAACAGAGUGGAUCAGCAGUGCAGAUAGACCAACACACACACGAACACACACACGGGACAGCGCAGCAGAGAGAGGACGGGGAGUCUGACCACAGCAGCAUCACACUGACCAACAACUGAAUUCCUGGGAUGCAGGAUACUCCAUGACUCUGCCCAUGAAAGGCACCAUGGCUGCUGGUUUGAGGUCAGUGAUUUUGCUGUUAUUGCUCUUCUGUUGUUGGCAGUCUGCCACAGCCAAAGAAGGAAAAUCCACAAAGAAGGGGAAGAAAGGAAAACAAGUGGUCUGUCCAUCACAGCUGUCACCAGAAGACUUGGCCCAGGUUCCAGAAAACUCCACCUCCAACAUUUUGAACCGUCUGAUGGUCAGUUAUGACCCAAGAAUAAGACCCAACUUUCAAGGUAUACCUGUUGAGUCCAAGGUGAACAUCUUCAUUAACAGCUUUGGAUCCAUCCAGGAGACGACCAUGGACUACAGAGUGAACAUAUUUCUUCGUCAGAGAUGGAAUGACCCUCGGCUACGUCUUCCAACUGACUUUAAAAGUGAAGCAUUAACUGUUGACCCCAAGAUGUUCCAGUGUUUGUGGAAACCAGAUCUUUUCUUUGCUAACGAGAAGAACGCAAACUUUCAUGAUGUAACACAGGACAACAUUCUCCUCUUUAUAUUCAGGAAUGGAGAUGUCUUAAUCAGCAUGAGACUUUCAGUGACGCUGUCUUGUCCCCUGGAUCUUACACUCUUCCCGAUGGACACACAGCUGUGUAAGAUGCAGCUGGAGAGCUUUGGCUACACCACCAGUGAUCUGGUGUUCAUGUGGCAGUCAGACCCAGUCCAAAUGGAUGAGAUUGCUCUUCCACAGUUUGACAUCAAACAAGAGGACAUAAAAUAUGGAAACUGCACAAAGUACUACCAAGGAACAGGAUACUACACCUGUGUGGAGGUGAUUUUCACAUUGCGUCGGCAGGUUGGUUUCUACAUGAUGGGAGUUUAUGCUCCAACUCUGCUGAUUGUUGUUUUGUCCUGGUUAUCGUUCUGGAUCAACCCCGAUGCCUCAGCUGCAAGAGUACCGUUGGGUAUUUUAUCAGUUCUCUCUCUGUCCAGUGAAAGUAUGUCCUUGGCUUCAGAGCUCCCAAAGGUCUCAUAUGUGAAGGCCAUAGAUAUCUGGCUCAUUGCCUGUCUGCUUUUUGGCUUUUCAUCCCUGGUGGAGUACGCUGUGGUGCAGGUGAUGCUGAACAGUCCUAAACUGAUCGAGGAGGAGAAAGCCAAAAUGGCUACGAAGGAAAAGGCUUUGAAAGAAAAAGAAGGAAAGAAGCCAUCAAAUAAAUCCAACAACACGGUGAACGGGACGGGCGGGACGCCGAUACAUGUCAACACUCUGCAGGUGGUAGAAAAUCGCUGUAAGAAAGUUUGUACCUCUAAGUCGGACCUUCGCUCCAACGACUUCAGCAUCGUGGGAUCUUUGCCUCGAGACUUUGAACUGUCCAACUUCGACUGUUAUGGUAAACCAGUUGAGGUUGCAGGAGGCCUCAAGUCGCAGAACAAAGCCAAUAAGAAACCCCCGCCACCCAAACCUGUCAUACCAGCUGCUGCCAAGCGUGUUGAUCUUUAUUCCAGAGCCCUCUUCCCUUUCUCCUUCCUCUUCUUCAACAUAGUUUACUGGUCUGUGUACCUGUGAGGAAGUGGGUGAAAAUAAAGUAUUGUGCAUCCUGAUGGAGACUAGCCACACUGAGCUGAACUCUGAGCUGGUUUCUCCAAUAUUUCAGAGCCAUUUGUGGAGAGUUGUAGAAACUGUUAUGGUCCUGACUAUAAAUGACUUCAUGGCUGUUUGCUUCGCUCCCUUUAUGUCUAUGCAUUAGGUAGACACUGCAUGUGUUUGUAUGUUAAAAGACAUUAUGCUUUAUGUAGAUUCAACCAUGCUGUGUUUGCACCAAUAUGUCUAUGCUGCUACUGGUAGCACUUUAAGUGAUAUGUACAGGACUCUUAAACGGCCAAUACUAUUUACUGUAUUCGAAAUUAAGACCUAUUAUACCAUACAAUAAAGAUUUAAACAGUUAAACUGUAUGUGCCUGUAAUGUAUGUUGUUCCUACAUGGAAACGCGUGUCUCUGAGUGGUGUGUGCUUGAUUCCAAUGUGACACAGAACUAAAGUUUAUUGUUAAUGUUACUAUGACAACAGUUUUUUCUCCUCUCAGAGACUCUCAGAAGCAGCUGCAAAGUUUCAGAUUUCAGUUGAUUUAUGGCUUGGUGCAUCCUUUAAACAAACAGUGGCUGUUCAAAUACCAUAUGU